UCUAUGCGUACGUGGUCAAUGCGUUUGUACACGAAAGCAUCGAGUGGUGCACGCAUAAUGUACAGUGUACGAGUGGUAUCGUACGGACGUCUGAGACGUCGGUUCUGGGUAGAAUGUAUCAUUUUUUGGUCGGUUAGGAGCGUCAAGUCUCGUAAUACUCCUCACAAAGUUAACUGUCUGGCAGCCCAUGAGCUGGGUUGCGAUACUGUCCUCUGAAUUGUGCAACAAGGCGGUGCUCAAGCGCGUAUUUUAGGACGUGACUAUCUCGAUGUUGGUCGUACUUUGGUGGGCAUUCAUUCACAAUCGCUGUUAAGCACCAUGUUUAUGUAGGUCUUGGUGUUAUGCAAAUCGACAUCGUCAGAUCAUCGAUGGCCUUUGACCUGUGUGUGGUUGUACACAAAAGCACGUGGACUUGAGGUUGCCGCACCAGCCCGUGUUGUCCAUCAUGUCUAGUCAGGCAGAAGCUUUGCCUGUAAGUACUGGCCACCCAGAAUCGUGGAAUUUGAGGCCAGAUACUGUGGAUAGAUCCAGCAUUUGUGAAGUUUCUGAGCACCAGAACUGGAUGGCCAAGGAGGCCAGUGAUGAUCAAGAUGAUAUUGGGAGUUGUCCAAGUGGCAGUGUGCCCAGUCAGGCCAGUGCAAACAGCAAGAACUCGGAAGUGAAACUCGAACAAGCUUGUCUCCAUGAAUUAGACAAUCAGAGGCGAUUGUCAGGAUCAAAUGAUGAUGGUUCGGCAGUUGAGGUGAGUGCAAAGAAGAAACGACAUGCUUCGGUGUCAAAUCCUGGGAAUCACAAACAGGUAGGGCGGAAGCGUCGGAAGACCACAGACCGCAGUGCUUCCCACCCAAAGUUCCUGAUGGGAGGAAGCAUCACGGACCCCUUGAACCUGAACAGUCUGUGCAACGAAGAGGUCUCGCGCUGCCUGAAUGCAGCCACGCCCAUCUCCUCCCCUCUCCCGCUCAUCAACAAGGACCCCAAUCCAGUGCUGGUUCCGAUCGACUUGAGCGAUCCGCUCAAGCUGAACACAGUCUGUGGAGAGGUGGACGAUGUGGCUAGCCUGACACGAACCCUGACCCCAAAAUUGGCCAGCAAGAAGCGCAAGAAACGCAUGGACAAGAUAACCGAGUCGCACAGUGCUGACGAAGCCACGAUUAUCAAGAGCAAGCCAUCCAAUCUGAAUCUGGAAGGUGCCAAAAGACUGCAGCACCACGGAAGCACCUCCAAGAUAGUGGAUAAAAUUGUUUCACCGGUCAUCCCUGAGAGCCAAAUUUAUCGUAAACGUAAAAAGCAGGAGCCCACGGCAAAAAUCUCCAGGGCUCUGCUGAUCGAGAGAACAGAUUCCAAGCCAAAAGAGGUCAGCCCGGACAAAAAGACACCCCCUCCCAAGAGGGACAGGACACCUGAGAAGCGCAGGUACAAACGCCAAACGAGCAAAGAGUUACCAAAGUUCAAAGAACAGAAUAAGAAGUUUCAGUAUGGGAACUACCACCGGUACUACGGUUACCGAAACCCCGACCAGGAAGACGACUCUAGAAUCCCCUUCCUGAAGAGGAAAUGGUUUGAGGGGAAAACCUGCCUGGACAUUGGCUGCAACUCUGGUCACUUGACCCUCUACCUGGCCAGGAACUUUGCUCCGCAGAGGAUCACCGGAAUUGACAUUGACGCAACUCUGAUUGGGAUUGCCCGGAAGAACAUUCGCCACUGCCUUGAAAUGGACAAAAAUCCCGGGCAUCAGAAAUUCCCCGUAUCCAUGGAGAAAACGUAUGGGCCAAUAAAUUCAACCGAACAACCAGCUGAGAGGAGAAAGACCACGGCAAAGUUCCCUGGGAAUAUGCUUUUCAGAUGUGCUAACUUUGUUCCUGAAAAUGAUGACAUCAUGGAGAUGCAGAAGCCGGAAUAUGACACUGUUCUGUGUCUGAGCGUCACCAAGUGGGUCCAUCUCAACUGGGGGGAUGCGGGACUUAAGCGGAUGUUCCGUCGUAUCUUUCUCUGCCUCCGGCCUGGAGGCAGGCUGAUCCUUGAGUCCCAGGCCUGGCCCUCCUACACCAAGAAGAAGAAGCUGACGGAGACGAUUUACAGGAACUUCAAGCAGAUCCAGCUCAAGCCUGACAAGUUCAAGGACUACCUCCUGUCCAGCCACGUUGGUUUCUCAAGCUGUGAGACUAUUGGGACGCCGCUCAACAAGUCCAAAGGUUUCCGACGCCCAAUUUUGAUGUUCACAAAGUUGACCACGUCCAGAGAUGGCAUAGCCAAGCCAGAGGUGCCUCCCAGCCCCGGCUGUUCGUCGACGACGAGCAAGAUGGAACAACUUGUGGUGCCCACCUUGCAUGACACGCCCUCUACUGGUGACCGCACACCCCUUGCCGUUCCCCACAAGAUUGGUAGCAGACCUUUAGAGUCAUCUUGUGCCAAGGGGGAGUGCGCUGCUGGUUCCACCUGCCAAGGCACGAGCAUGGACCCCCAGCCGGACGACGGCAAGCAGGCAUCACGAGACGACAAAGGGAACAGUGUGGAAGUUGAACAGUCGGACCAUCUUCCAAAGAGACAGGCUUUGAGCCAAGCCACAACCGAGACUGAAGAAAAAAAGUUGGACACUAAACGCAGCUUCCAUGUGGAUGAGUUGGUCGAGGACGGCAAGAAAAGUGGUUCAGAGACCCCUCCAGCAAAGAAAGUCAAAGCAGAAGUGACAACAGAUUAGUAGCUAGAAAGAAAAAAAAAGUGUCUUUUGUUUUUUUCCUUUAAGGCCAGUUUGCUACCUGUUCAUGUUUCUCGUUUUGCAUUUUGCGUUUUUGAGAACAAAACGUACUUGCAUCAAGAUCAUUAGGUCUGUGGAUCAUUAGCUUGUCCUCCAAUUACUUAAUAACACACUUUUUUUCAUUAGCAUUGCUGAU